UGUGGGAUCCCACGGAUGCGGGACCCCAGAGAUGUGGAAUCCCAUGGAUGUGGGACCCCAGGGACGCGUGAUCGCGGGGCUGAGGACCCCGGAACACGCGGCCCGCGCCCGGGGCGGCGGGUCCCGCCCGUCGGGGCGGUGUCGGGGCGGCCGGCGCCGUGGCCGGUCCCUCCCCCGGCAGCGCGCCCGCCCCGCCCCGGGCAGCGCCGCCGCGCCGCGCUGCCCCGGGCCCGCGGCCGGCAUGGCCCCGCCGCCGCUGCUCGCCGCUGCCUGCCUCGCCUGCACCCUCGCCAUGUUCGGGACCGGCCUGUCGGACCUGCGCCAGAUGGUCACAACACAGAGCGUGGAGAACAUCCAGUUCCUGCCCUUCCUCACCACCGACGUGAACAACCUGAGCUGGCUGGGCUACGGCUGCCUGAAGCAGGACUGGACGCUGAUCGCGGUGAACACCAUCGGCGCCGCGCUGCAGACCCUCUACAUCCUGGUGUACUUCUACUACAGCCCCGCCAAGGCCAAGAUCCUCCGGACCAGGUCGACGCGCUGCCUGUCCUUCCCGCUGACGGUCACCACCUUCCUGGCCUCCGCCAGCUGGACGCUGUACGGCGUGCAGCUCCGCGACCCGUACAUCACGGUCCCCAACGUGCCGGGGAUCGUCACCAGCGUCCUGCGGUUCUGGCUGUUCUGGCGGUACCCGCCGGGCCAGGACAAGCCCUACCGCCCUCUGCCCGCGUGAGCGAGACCACCGGCGGCCCGGCCGGGGCACCGGGACAGUGGGCGCUGCCGCCCACCAAGGCCCGGGGCAGGGCAGCCCGUGGCCUCGGCCCCUCCGGCCGCUCCUCGCCCACGGCCCAGGGUUUGGGGGCGGCUGGUUUGCUGCCAGCGCUGCCUCCCUGCGCCCACCGCCCGCCCAGGGCGCCGGGACCCUCCACGCUGCUCCCCGCCGCUGGUGUCCACCCCCAGCGUGGGGUGUGGGGGGCUGGGGCGUCCUGCCCCUCUUUCGUAUGGAUUUAAAGUGCCUUUUAAUAAAUCAGAGACUCUUCCCA